CAAAGCUGUUAAUACAUAAACUACGCAUGUGACAGAGACUUAAGCCGACCACCUUCUGAUGGAGUAGCCAUCUCUUCCAAUUAGUUAUAGAGUUAAUAAUUUGUCAGCUACCAAAUCACUUGUAAAAUUUCAGAGAAAGUAACUUCCAGAGAACAGAGAAAUAGAUAAGAAAGAACCAUGCUUCGGUCAACAAAAGUUUUGAUUGUGGGUGCCAUUGUAAUAGCGGUUGUUAUAAUUGUGGGUGUUCCUGUGGGUCUACAUAUGAGGUCCAAAUGGUCCAGUGGAACUUCCUCAGAAGCUGCAGGCUGUGGGAAAUGUUCAAGGACUGGAUGGUGUCGGACCACACAGCGGAGUUGCAGUAAGAAUUCCUUUAAAGCUGCAGUGGCUGCAGACUCUAAGAAUUGUUCAGAUAUUGGACGGGACAUUCUUCAGAAAGGCGGAUCUGCAGUAGAUGCCGCCAUUGCUGCGCUGCUGUGCACCUCCAUCAUCAACCCACAGAGUGCGGGAAUCGGAGGAGGGUCCAUAUUCACAAUUAUGGACAGCUCUGGUAAAGUAACAAUAAUCAACUCCAGAGAGACUGUCCCCAGGAACGUGAACCCUGAUCUGCCUAAGUCAUGUCCUAACACCACAGACUGGAAGCAAGAUAGCAAAUGGAUUGGGGUUCCUGGGGAAAUUCGAGGUUAUGCAGAGGCACACCGGCUGUAUGGGAACUUGUCAUGGGCUGAACUCUUUCAGCCGGCCAUCGACCUGGCCAGAAACGGGUCGCGUAUUGAAUACGUCCAUGGUCAAUACAUCCAACGCAUUAAUAAUACGUCAAUACGGAAACUAUAUUCAGUUGAGAACGGGAACCUGCUUAAAACCGGUGAUACUGUGGAAUUUGGGAAACUGGCUGACACUUUAAAGAUGAUCGCAAACGAGGGACCAGAUGUGUUUUACAACGGAACAAUAGCAAAGAAUUUAAUCAGUGACAUUCAGGAUGCAGGAGGAAAACUCACACUGGAGGACUUGGCAUCGUAUAAAGUUAAAGUGACUGAUGCGUGGAAUAUUUCUUUGGGAGAGUAUCAGAUGUACUUCCCUCCACCCCCUGCAGGAGGAGCCAUCCUCAGCCUCAUCCUCAACAUCAUGAAAGGAUAUAAAAUAAAUAAAGAACCUAACAUGACCGAUGAAAAGAUAUUCUUUUAUCACCGUUAUAUUGAAGCUUUAAAAUUUGCCAAUGGAUUAAAGAAACAUAUCAGAGAUCCAGAGUUCAACCCAGAUAAUUUCACAGAGAUGGCAAAGAAUUUAACAGAGGAUAGCUAUGCUGACUACAUACGGAGUUUGAUCACUAACGAGACUCAUGCCCCUGAGUUUUAUGGUGACACCCAGUAUGUGGACAGCACAGGUACCACACACGUUUCUGUCCUGGCUGAAGAUGGAUCCGCUGUGUCUGUCACCAGCAGCAUCAAUGACAUAUUUGGUUCCAAGGUCCUCUCUCCAAGCACUGGAAUCAUUCUCAACAACCAGCUGUCUGACUUCUGUGAAAGACGUGAUAACAUCUCUCCUGGGGAGCGUCCUCCUUCCUCUAUGGCCCCAGCUGUGCUGAAGUCUGAGUCAGAGACGCUGGUAAUCGGAGGAUCUGGUUCGACUAUGAUUACAACUGGAAUGGCCUCGGCGCUCAUCAAUCAUCUUUGGUUUAACAAGACCCUUGAGGAUGCAAUUAAAGCUCAAGUUUUUUUUGUCAACUCUAAAUACGAAGUUAUGUUUGAACCUGAGCUUACCCAAAAGGACUUACUGGAUUCUCUUAAAGCUUGGGGACAUAAUAUAACAACAUUCUACAAUGUAGUUAAUGCUGUGGAGAAGAAGAAUGGUUCUAUCUAUGCGUGGUCUGAUGAAAGGAAAAAAGGCAAAGCAGCUGGCUACUGAGAUCAAGAGUCAGUCUGACCUUCUUUCACUUUUCUGUUCAGGUUGUUUGUUCACAUUCUGAUCCCUGUCCUGCAAUUCCUUACAGGUUACAGCUUACAAAAUAAAUUGUAUUUGAAUUGGGAAAUCAAUUCUUUUAAAUCCACCUGUAGAUCCAAGCCCCGAUAAAUGGGAGUGUUGCAUUUUAAACUGAAUUUGAUUGUAUCUAUUGUCGUGACACCUGUAGUAGAAAGAGAUUGAAGCCUCCCUCUGGCCGCCUCUACAUCACAGGUAGGAGAGGUUAAAGGUCUUUAUAUCCAGUCUUAUGUGAUUAAAAAUGUGCUAUAACAGAGCUUUUCUCUAUUUCCUAAUAAUAAAGCAUUUUUUUUCUUAAUCAAAGAGAAAUUAGAAUAUGAGUUUGAUCAAUCAAUAAAUGAAAAACAUAGUGUGGCUAGUGGAAAUAACGUUUCUAAUAUCCGAGUUUUCUGGUGGCUUAUGUGUGCACUUGAGUCAGCUUCAACCUUGAUAUUUUUGUGUGCGUCUCGAGGAAUGCAGGAAGAUAAGAACCUGCUCAUCAUACACAUAAUUCUAAAUCAGAAAAAUAACAUUAAGUGCUGUAAUUGUGAAACACAGAACCAUGAUUUAUAUUUGGUUUUACUGAUGAUUAACACAGUCGCACAAACACCCCAAACUGUUUAAAAUAUAACAACAUAUUAAACAUAUUAAUUGUAUGUACCAGUUACAUAUUUACAUUUGCUUGUAUGUGGUUAAACUGAGGUUUAAUUAUGGUCAAUGUCCUAAUAUUGGCAUGUUGAAAAUAUAUACAAAUAAAUAUGUUUAUCUUAACUAAUGUAACGAAUCAGAAAAAAGAACAACAAUGAUUCUAAUGACAAGCCUCAUCAAGAGUCUGACACUGGUGUGUGUGGGUGCAUGUGUGGUACAGGAUGGGUGUGAAAGUGGCACAUUGGAGCCACUAAUCUCAAAGAAAGGUCUGACUUACAAAAUAUGAUGUACAUCUGUAACAGUAUGAUUUAAUAACAGAAGUUCCAUAAAAAAAUUGAAACUGAAAAUAAAUCAUAAUCAACAUAGUUUUAAAAAGUAAAAGAAAGUGUUUCUCUGGUUUUGAAAUGAGAAGAGAUUAUGUUACAUUGAAUUUUCAUGUGAAAAUGUGCUAAAGACAAAUCGAACUGAUGUAGAAUUACAUAAAGGUAGAUAACUAUAGUUUAAGUGAUUUGAUUAUUAUUUUGUGAUUUUUACUAUUUGAUCUUGCUUUUGCUUCUCUUUUGCUAAAUUCAUUUAAUAAAAUUUCCUGC